AUGCCCAACCUGGAGAACCUACCAGCGGAAAUUCUGCUAGCGAUCGCAAAUGAAUUAAAGGAUACUCGAGACAUCAACUCACUGGUUCGGGCAAGUCGUUAUUUGUGCAACAAUCUGACUGUAUCCCUGUAUCGAACUGAUGCCUGGCUCCAUGAUAUGAGCGCACUCAGGUGGGCGUCAAACAAUGUUUCCAUUCAAACAGCCUCACUAUCAAUCAAUAAUAGCUCUCUCUGCAAAACCAGAAGGAAGAAUUUUGGAAAGGCUCUCGCAAAGGCGGCCAGGAAUGGACAUGCUACGUUGGUGUCUUUGAUUUUGACACAAAGAGAGGUCAAUCUGAACAUUAUCGACAAUGAUUCAAGCGAUGAAGAUAUUUCAAGCGACAAAAAUGAAAGAAUGACCCCUCUUCAAUUAGCAGCAAGUGCAGGACAUGUGGACGUCGUCAAAGCUCUGCUGGAAGAUGAUCGAAUGAAUCUGGAAUUCCUCGUCCUGGAGGCUCGAGAAGCUAGCUCUGAGUGCAGACUGAUCGCGACAUCCUGCCUCUUCCUAGCUGCGAGAAAUGGCCAUGCUACAGUGGUCGAUAUACUGCUAGAUGUUCCUGGGAUACGACCGAACGCGCACGACCGAUUUGAUCGCACCCCUUUGAUCAACGCGGUUGUUUCAGAGUCACUCGAAACUGUCAGGAGCUUUUUCAAUCGCCCUAGCCUCGAGAUUGACUUCAAUAUCCAGGGCAGUCCUGGUCCCCUUCGCUCUGUAUGGCGAAAGCAAAGAAACCCUCUAUUACUCGCCUCUGCGCUCAAAUCCCCGCAUAUUGCAAACCUGCUCCUCGGUGUACCUGGAAUUGAAGUAGACCACUACAAUGAACGGAAUGAAACUGCUUUGUACUUUGCAGCUUCCCAGGGAACGAGUGAAAUCGUCAGGUCUUUACUCGAGCACGGAGCGCAUCCGGAUCCAAGGGAUUUAGAAGAUGAGACUCCGCUUUGGCACGCGGCCAAAAGGGGAGAUCUUGCGAUGGUGAAGAUGCUGCUGGAGGCAGGCGCAGAUCCAAACCAUACGUGUCAGAGGGGAUGCCACCCGUUGGGUGCAGCCGAAACAUUCGGUCAUACCGAAGUAAAGCAGGCCUUGCUUGAAAGUGCUCGGAUUGAUUUGGGUUCUCUGAAGCCGGUUCCGGAAAGAUGGCACAAAGGUCGGAGGAUGUAUCGGGCCCUCGCACCCAACCGCCCAGAUUCUCCAUUUCACACCUGA